CCAUUGUCCUUUGGGUAUAAAACGCCCCCUGUCCACGAUGAAAAUCCCCAUCGCCUCUUCUCCUCUUCUCUUUGUCUUUGAUCAUGUUUCAGCAGCGCUAUCCGCCAUAUGACACUCAUCUGACCAUUUUUUACAGCGACCAUGGCGGAUCUAUGUCCGUCCAAGACGAGAACAACCGUCGGUCGUCACCCGUCCUCGAGGCAGUGACCUCGUCUUACCACAGUACCGCCGUGGUCGACGGCUACCCACCCCUGCCGCCGACCGCCCCAACCCCGGCGAACGUCCCUUUCGACGUGUCGGAUGAUGAUUACUACGGUGGCAUACCGCAGGAGACAUCUCUUGACUCGACCUUUCUUUUCACCCCAACUGCGAUUGGAUUCCAAUUCAACGACGAUACUCAACAACACCACGUUCCUACCCCUCAUGUCGUCGAGACGGACGAAUUUGUUUACAGUUUUCCGCAAGAACAAGUGGGUUCGGUACCUGCCCAAGUGACGGAUCUCGUAGACAGCCAAUCGCGAGAACGGAUCAGCCUUCUAACACCAGAGCCGAGCCCCAAGCUCCAAACCUGGCCCAUAGAGCCCCCCACCCGUCCGUUCACCAAGCCGCUCACCGAAGAUCCCGUCCGGGAAAUGAUCUUUCGUGGCCGGCGCGACAAAGAAAGAGUACGCGAUUUGUCCUACCUCGCUUUGAACUUGGAAGAUCCCGGUUAUACUACCAUGGCUUUCGAACCGCCACUUACUGGAAUUGCGGCUGUGGACGAAGCCUCACGCCAGUACUACUCGUUCACGCCGGCCGACACCGAACUGCGUCGUUUUGGAGGAGAAGUUGGUUACCAAUACCCGCUUGAAGUCAUCCAGGCUCUCCAACAAACGUUGGCUACAGAUUGGGCCGAUGUUAUGCCGCCUCCCAUUCCCAUUGUCAUACUCAGGCCGUUCGAUUAUGUGGGUGGUAGCGUGUUAGCGCAAGGCCAAGACUCCUGGGCGUUCAUAGUGCCAAGCGAGGAUACUAUCUGGGCUUCCGUUCUCGAACGCGGGGUGGACAAGGAUUACAGGCCUCUCGCCACCGACCCGAAGACCCGUCAGCGCUUGCAAGUUGUCACCGAAAGCCAGCAAUAUGGUUCGGCGGUGUGCACUCCCCAUUCCAUCGUCAUGUCCCAAUUCGCAGUCAACCUCUUCGUCGAACUUCCAAGACUUCCCAACCAAGGUCUGGCUAAACCUCUCGUCAACUACUUCGGCACGUUCGUGAUGCAAUACAUGGACAACAUGUACAUGAAGCAGAAAGCAUGGAACGAUAUCGCGGAAGAGAUUAAGGACCAUUUGUAUGACCAAGCUCCACAUCUCUUCAAAGGGUUCAAACCGUACAAGACGGUUCCACGCAUCCCGGUCGUCAGAUUUAUAUACACUAAGUUCGACAGUCAUCUCGUUGGGUGUGCCGACCGAGCCGCUGUAGAAGCGCAGCUAGCGCGUGCCAUGACUCAGCUCGAACGCGACCGGACAGAGGGUAUCGAGACUGACAGCUGUUAUGACUUGGAAAGCGACGUCGAAGUGGACAGCGACUAUAUCAUUGGUAACGAUUCCUUGUUUUUGAAUCUUGACGGUCGCCUCCAUUCCGCAAUGCAACACUGCCACCCGUUACGGCUCUUAUGACCUUCCCUUGAUUCUUUUCAUGACUUGUAUUUCUUGAUUAUGAUCGUUUUGUAUGGCUUGAUGAUCUUUUGCAUGUUAUUUUUUCACAUAGCUAACAGCACUGUA